CACGAAGAACCUCGUCUGCUCAGCGCGCACUUUUCAGCUGUAGCUGGAGCAUCUCGGGAAAAUCUUCGUACUCGGCCAUCACAAGCCGGAUUAAUUCACCACGACGUAAUACACGAGGAUUCCAAGGCCGAUUUACCAGUUGGACGACAUCCAGUCAGCGGGGAUCCCCCGCCAUCAUUUGAAUCAGGUGCAGCACAAAAACACCUUGCAGCCAGGACUGCCACCUGGCAGAGCCGAUACCGCCAUAAGCUAUACAAAAGGCAAAGUCGUCUCGAGACACAUAUUGCUGCAGUUCACGAAAAGCUCGCCUUAAAAAGUAGCAAAUCGAGCGGCAGUCAGAUUCUGCCGGCAACAGCUGUGCACAAUCAGUAA